AUGUAUUGGCCCAUAGGGACCCCCAGAAUUUUCGCCACGAGCAGCAGGUCUGGUCCUGCGUUCAACCUAGUUGUCUCCCACGAUGGCCUACCCAGCCCCUUCGACAGCCGGUCGCGAAGCGAUUCCUCUCCAUCGUCGAACCUGAAUACUCGAUCGACACCGCAACAUGACGAUGUUGAGCUUGCCACCCCGCUGACACCAAUGACACCCGCCAUCCAAUCAGUUGAUGACGACGCCCAUGACCCAAACAAUUGGCAUUCAUCGCCACGCCUCAGCAACAACAUUCCUCUGAAAGACCCUGUUCUUGCUCUGCGCAUCUCUCGUGGUGGUCAGCUAUUCGCUGUGAUAACCUCGACGUCCAUGACAAUAUGGCAAGCCAAGCCUACAGUGAUACUUGCCGUCGUCGUCCGCUCUGAAACUUCUCUUUCGACAUACGGUGAGAACGUGGAUCUACUGUUGCGACCCGACUCAGCCAUUCUUGUCGUUCGGACGACCUUGGGCUACCUCAUCACAUACUCCCUUGCAACAGACUCCGAGGCUCAGGUUUACAAGCCUUAUUUUCCGAGCUAUGCAAAUGUUCAGCGACGUCGCCAAAAUCACCAUGGGGGCCCCGGAAGCGCGGCGCCAGAUCAAAUUCUGUGGGGUCCCGGUGAGGGUCAAGGGGUUCGCGACGUAAGUGUCCGCUUUAGGAUGGUCAUCAAAGUCGACGCCGGCAUUGAAAGCGCACUGGCUUUGGACGACGAGCUAGUUGUGGCCACACGAAAGCCCGCAGCUAUCCAAUGCAUCCGGUGGACUCCAGACCACAGUGGCAGCCAGACAAAGACGGAAAUAAUAAGUCGAAUGGGAUGGUUAGAGAAGAAGAUUACGAUUUUGGAAAUGACCCACGACCGACCCAUGAACCUCUCGACUUGGAUUACGAGCGACGGCAAGGUUUAUGCAGUGCAGCGGUUGAACUCAAAGGAGCUAUCUGAGCCAGAAUCUCAGGAAGCCGACCCAAAAAAGUUAUUCAAGGGCUACUGCUUUCAUACGCCACAUGGACCUGCGGAAUUCGCCAAACGAGCAGUCGUCAACGCCAGGUUUUCUUUGAUUGCUGUUGGAUGCGCCGACGGUGGUAUACGUGUCUAUUCUGCCCGAGAUUAUGCUGGCAACAUACCACCGUCCCACGCCCAUACCUUGCCUGUGUCGUCGACAGUGUGCGGCUCACUGACCACUUUGAGCUACUCUCCCGAUGGCUACUGCUUAUUUGCCGGUUUUGAGAGCGGGUGGGCUACCUGGAGUGUCUACGGGAAACCGGGCAGUCACAGCUUUGGCACGCACGAAGCCGUAGUUGAGUUCAACGGGGAAGACUGGAUUGCUGGCGUGGGCGAUGCCGUUUGGCUCGGUAGUGGCACCGAGCUUCUGAUCACUAAUCGUCGCCAUGAAGCAAUCUGGGUACUAGAAAUGGCCAGGAGUGCCGUUGUCAGUUGUUACAACGCGGCCAACCUCCUACGCACAGUACUUCAGACCAACACGAACGUUAUGAUCUACCGCGGAUACGAUUUGCCAGAUCUCGCGAGCAUUUCGGCCGAGCCGCAUCUGUGGCACACGACCAAAGUGCCUCCGUCAUAUUUGCUUCAGCAAUGGCCCAUUCGCCAUACAGUCAUUUCACCAGAUGGUCGGUACGUGGCGGUAGCUGGACGGCGCGGCCUGGCCCAUUACAGCGUCAACAGUGGUCGUUGGAAGACAUUCGUCAAUGAGGCCAUGGAAAAUGAGUUCCAAGUCAGGGGCAGCAUGUGCUGGUACCAACAUAUACUGGUGGCUGCAAUCGAGGCGAACAAGUCCCACGAGCUCCGCCUCUAUUCGAGAGAAACAGCUCUAGACAGUUCACUUGUGUUGCAUACCCAGCAGUUGCCAGCUCCCGUAGUUCUGGUGGCCUCCUCGGGGGAAGAUUCGCUUCUCGUCUACACAUACGAGAACUUACUAUACCACUUCAUCUUUGCGCCUUCGGGCGGCGGUUCCAUAAGACUGGUGCAGCUAGGACAGAUCGCAUUUCAUGGGAUUGUGCGGUCACCUGCCAGAGUACGCGGUCUCAGCUGGAUCUUGCCAGAUAGUCAACUUAUUGAUGGAGACCCGUCGCAAGAUGUUGCAGUGGCGUCGGUUCUGUUUUUAGUUGAUGCUAAGCUGGUUUUGCUACAGCCAUCGUUAAAUCACGAAGGGCAUCUCAAAUACGACAUGAAGGUCAUUGCUCAAAACGUGGAGUUCCACGUGAGCAUGAGAGACCAGCCUCACUUCGACACCACUGUCAUGCGCUCCGAAGAGCUUGCGUCUGCGGGCAGUGACUUGUCUUUGCGCAACUCCCUCUGGGUGUUCGAUGGCCAAGAGUUCAAGCUCUGGCCUGAUGUGCAAGAGGUGCUCCGGGCAGCAUCGAGCGAGGCGUCUCGAGAGUUGCCGAAAACAAUCUCAGUUCCGUUAGACUUUUACCCUCUUUCGACUCUACUUGGGAAAGGCAUCGUCCUUGGCGUUGAAGCCGAUCUUGUGCAACGAAGGGAUAUCAGCUUCUCCUUCUUCCGCUUUACCAUCAGGACACACCUCUUCUUACCGGACAUUCUGCGUUUCCUGUUGGCUGAGAACCAUGCUGUAGACGCAGUCAAGUUAUCGGAGCAGUAUCAAAACCUGGAGUAUUUUGCACACGCUUUAGAGGUCUUGCUCCAUAAAGUCCUAGAUGACGAGGUAGAUUCUGGACCAACCCCAGAAGAAGCGAUCCUCCCGCGUGUGCUAUCAUUGCUAUCGUCAUUCAAGCAGUAUCUUGAUAUCGUUGUGCAGUGCACGAGGAAAACUGAGGUUAGGCAAUGGCGGACGCUAUUCGCGUAUCUCCCCCCAGUCCAAGAGCUUUUUGAGGAGUCGCUUCAACGAGGAUCUCUCAAAACCGCCGGAGGCUAUCUGAUCAUUCUACACACUCUGGAUGAUCUUGGCUCUGCCUCGGAGCAAACAGUCCGGCUGUUGUCGAGAGCGAUGAAGGAGGGCGAUUGGGAAUUGUGUAAAGAGUUGGCACGCUUUCUGGCGGCCAUGGACGAAACAGGUGACUCUCUACGUGAGGCGAUGGAGGGUGUCAACAUAACCGUAAGGAACGACCAGAAUUCAUCUGGGAUGAUGACGAGGCUGGGUGUUCCGGUUCCUGGUAAUAGAGCCAUGAACGGCUUAGGGCUCAAGUAUGCAGAGCAGAGUGAUGAUAUGGAGUCGGAAGGCCAAUCGGUUAGCGAUGCUGCGAGUUUUAGCUCCGACGGGCGUUGA